CCGCGGGGAGCCUCCAUCAGCAAUCACCAAUCUCGCCUCUCGCAUCGCAAUCGCAACACCCAAGCAAAGCAAAGCCUCGCGGAGAAGGAAGCAACCGGCCGAUCGGAAUGGCGAUGGCACCGUGCGCACCGGUCUCCUCCGUUCCCUUGGCCGCCCGCCCGGCGGCGACGGGGUCUCCUUCGUCUGUCCGUCCGCGCGCCGCCGCCGCCGCCGCUGGGGUGGUCCGCGCGGCUGGGGCGACGGAGGGCGGCAGGUGGUGGGCGCCGCUGCUGGGGUGGUCGGGGAAGGCCGACUACCUCGAGGCCCCGGCGCCGGCGCCGGCGGUGGCGCAGGACGACGAGGCGGGCGCGCGCGGCAGGCAGUUCGUGGGUGGCCUGACGGAGGAGAAGGCCCGGCAGCUGCGUGCGCGGAUGGCGCAGACCGAGUCCUUCCACGACGCCAUGUACCACUCCGCCAUCGCCUCCCGCCUCGCCCGCUCCGCCUAAACCGGAAGCCCGCCCGGCCGGGAAGCAAGUCGCCGACGUCGCCGUAGAUCUAGAGCUCCACCCAUUGUCGUCGUGUGUUGUAUAUACCUACCAGUCGUUUCCUUUCCGUUUCGGGGGUCGGGGAUGUGUUUGUUUCCCCUCCUCUCCCCCCAUUAUCGUCGUCGUCGUGGAGCAGGAGGGUGAGGGAUCUGCCGGUUUUACGAGGCGCCCCCCUCCCCUGCUCUGCUCUGCUCUGCUCCGUGCUCCGAUAGGAUCCGGAGCCCGCCGUCCUGAAACCAUUUCCGAUCUGCGCUGGAAUGGCGCAGAUCCGCGAAGCGUUUAUGCAUUGUACUACUGCUACUUGAUGAUGAAAUUGGAUAAUCUAUUAUUGCUGUUGCUAAA